AUGGCUUCGACAGGAUCUCGCUCCGACUUUGAAGCCCAGAAUCGGGCGCCGCUCGUCAUCGCGGUCAUAUGGGCCGCCACGGCGGUCAUGACUCUCUUCGUAGUCAGCCGAGUGUAUUGUCGGGCCAUCAACACGGGACGACGGGUCCGGAAGCUGCAGGCGGACGACUGGUUGAUCCUGACUUCAGCUAGCCUCAUCUGGAUACAUGUCUGCCUGGAGACCAAGGCUUUCAGCUCCGGCGCCGGGAGGCACAUCCAGACGCUCACGGACCAACAGAUCACGAGCUCGCUGUACUGGUAUGCCGUCUCGUCCUGGCCGGGCGUGCUGAGUCUGUGCCUCCCCAAGAUCGCCAUCGUCGUGCUGCUGUGCCGGCUCCUGAACCCGCGGCCGUGGCAUCGCGCGCUCCUGUGGUCGCUGGCCGUCAUCUGCACCAUCAACUUUGUCCUGGCCGCGCUGUUCGGCAUGAUCUCGUGCGAUCCACCGCGCGCGACGUGGGACGUGUCAAUCACGGUAAAGCAAUGCUGGGACCCAUGGGUGCUGAUGGAUUUCUUCUUCUACGCUGCGUCUUUCUCCGCAUUCCUGGAUCUCUACCUCGCUAUCUAUCCAGCGGUGGUUUUUCGCAAGCUCCACGUUGACACUCGGAAGAAACUGACCCUCAGUUUCUUACUGGGAUGCGGCGUUUUUGCCUCAGGGGUCGCCAUCUACAAGACAACCCAGAUACAAGCCUUUGCGAGUAACGACUUUACCUAUGCAUGCGGGCCAAUGAUUAUAUGGACAGUACUCGAAGCAUGUACGAUCGUGGUAGCGGCCUGUAUACCCACGCUGCACCCGCUCUAUGACAAAAUACACGGGAAGCUCAGGCCCCGCAACCAAAGAUUCUCCAUAGCUUCCACAUUGCCGAUAUGGAACGGAGGCUUCGGUUUGGGUUCGAAAUUUCUCGUUUCAGUGCCCUCCCAUAGUGAAGCUUCCCGUCGCUCCCAUAUGGAACGUCUGGGCUGUUACUUCCGCGACAGGGACCGAGAUGGCGAGAGAGACAUGGUAGAAAUAUCGCACGUCACGUCCACAAACACGAUGACUGAAGGAGAUGCUCCGCGCUGUCCGCCGGUCGUGAUACUCAGGACAGAUUCCGUCUGGGUAGAGACAGAGCCAGCUUCGAAGACAGUUGAAAUGGUGUGA